AUGUCAGACAAAGCAGCAGAAGGAAGCAAAGAAGAAUUUUUGAGCUUGCCACCAUUUAUUCCGUACAGUCAAGAUUACGAAACUUUCAGUGAUAAAAUUUCCAGAAAAACUUGCGAAAAUCCUUUGGUUCCUUUUGGUCUUCUUGCAACAAUUGGGGCUCUGACUAUUGGCUUAUAUUCCUUAAAGAAAGGUGACUCGAAGUUAUCUCAGAGGAUGAUGAGAAUGAGAGUAAUGGCUCAGGGUUUCACGGUACUUGCCGUCAUGGGAGGGGUCUACAUGCAAGCCACCAAAAAAUGA